CACAAUUGCUGCUCUCUCCGUUCACAUUUUGCUUCUGCUGCUCCUCCAUUGUAGAGCACACCCGCCAUUCAUCUCUCCCCAAGGUUCUCAUUCUAUUCUACACAGCCCUACCUCUUUACCUGCACUUGAGUACCCUCUGUUCUCAAGUGACUAAGUGGCCACCUGCUCCUGCUGCAUCGAUUUGGGUCUGCGGUUAAGGUUUGUUGCUGAUAUUAUCAGUUUGGACUUCGAGUGAACUACUACUACCAUAAUAGGGGGGAUGGAACCUAUGGUUGCCGGUACGCUACCUGAUGAUCUGGUGGUUGAAAUCCUCUCCCGGCUGCCGUUCAAGUCUUUUUGCCGCUUCAAAUGUGUCUGCAAACCCUGGCUCGCCUUCUCAUCAAAUCCAAACUACCAUGAGAACCUGCCAAAAAUCCCCACCGGCCUUUUCUGCCAAUACCAAGACCUUAAUAAGAAGGCUACCAAGCUUAUUGGCCACCCCCGAAACCUGGAGCAAAUUGAUGGAGCACUUAGUUUCUUGCCACACUACCCACAACUGCAACUUAUAGAUUGCUGCAAUGGCCUAGUCCUCUGCAUGCGUAGGAGCAUGGAUUGGAGCAACCGUAAAAUUAUCUACCACUUCAUUGUGUGCAACCCCGCAACACGAGAGUGGACGAAGUUAUCUGAUACCCGUCGUUACCAAGAACAUGGUAUUUGUGAAGCUAUGCUAGUUUUCAACCCAUCAUGUUCCCCACAGCUCUAUGUCCUCAACUUUAAACGGGAUCCUUCAACUUCGUUCUUGAGCGGGCUCGAGGUGUUUUCAUCCAAGCUUUCCACAUGGCUUGUGUAUGAUGCAUGGUGGAAUUCUGGGAUGCCCACUAUUAUUGGAUACCCGCACUUGGUCGUAGAUGGUUCACUCUAUCUAUUUAGUCUGCGGAGGAACUCAAGGAGGAGGAUCUUGGUGUUGAAUGGCUUUGAGGCAAUGAGUUCCCGCGUACCGCCUAAUCGUCGGACAAUCAAGUUGCCAAACGACCCUUGUAUUGAGUCUCCAAAUGGUCUUUCCAUUGGUAUGUACACUCGAGGUUACUUUAGCCAAUCUCUUGGGGCCUUGCACUAUGCAUUGCCUGAGGCUGAUGGGCGUUCGAUUUGGAUCUGGAGUCUCGAUGUUUCCAGGCCUGACAAGUGGAUUGUGAAGUGUCGUCUUUGUCUGGGUGAUGCAUUUGGAAGGGACGACCUUGCCCACUAUGACUCCACUCAACAGUCCUGGAGUUGCGCAUACGUGAUUGCAGCUCUCGACUUGGAGAGCGACGUCGUGUUCCUCUUUGACCAGGCAAACAAGUUUCAUUCAUACGCCAUCAGCACCGGGAAACUUUAUGAACUCAAUGACACUGAACAAGAUCAUGAGCAUGGCUACGACAAGUUCUUUCAUUAUGUGGCAUGCUACUUGAAGCUUCCCGCAUCCGUGCCUUUACCUCAGCUACAUUCAUCGUAAGCGGAGAGGCCUGGUCGGCGGGCAUGGUAGUCAAAGUUGAUAGCAGUUGUUGAAAAAUCAAGUUGAGAUAAUUUAUCUGUCUUUAGUUUGUCGAGUAAUACUGGUGUUGGAAGAAAGGAGGGAAGGCUAGUCUAGUGGAUGAUAUUAAGAAGGCCUUUUGUGUA